GUGUGGUGCCCUCAGAUGAAUGAUACCGCUUUACUGAAAGCUGAAGGUAUUCCAGGCAUUUGCCUUUUCGGGCAGAUAAGACUGGAAACUUGCCGCAGCCCACUCCAAAGUCAAACAAUUCUAGUGGUCCGACCGCAGGAACUCAAAUAAUGGCAUCAGCGCUAGAGAAAGAGACAGAGGGGCGUCUGGACGAGGCCAAAGGUGUCUUGGUGAAAGUGAAGAAUGGUGAAAUACCCGCAGAAAAUGCCAAAACCACGGUUGAUUGGUUGACGAUACUGUCCGAGCAAGGCAACACGAGAGCUACCGAACUCCUCCGGGAAUUUGUACAUGAUAGUGUUGGAGUUUCGGAAGAUAACAUCGCCAAAAUAAGUCACUGUCUUGAAGACAGCGACGCGAAAAAAUCCGUUAAGCAUGCCGCGAAGAGACUGUUUAAGACCAUCCAGUCCCGCCUGGAUAUGACGCAAAUACCCAAGACCAAGUUUGUGCAAGCCAUGAAAGAACUGAUUCCUGACGAAAAGGGGAAGGCUGCUGCUGCAAUUACAGACAAAAUCCAAAAGAAAGACACCGUUACCGAAGACGACUUUGUCAACGCCAUAGCUAAACAAGUUACUCAAAGUGCUUCCCUGCACUCGCUUCAUCAGAGGUUCGACUCGGACGUAGACGCAGAACAGUACACGAACGCCAGCGUGAAGGACAAGAUCCUGAAAUACCCCGGGAAAUCACUGAGCAUCGCUUUGGACGAGGUCUUGGAGUAUGCUUCUAAGGAGGGCGGGGCCUUCAUCAUCUCCUGUAUCCCUAGCAACCAAAUCUAUUUCUUGGCAGUUUUCUUCCUGUACAGCCUCAUCACGGCGGAUCUAGUUUUUGCAAUCCUUCCGCUGCUGGUCUUCCUGCUGUGUUUUCUAACGAUGUUCAUAUCCACGCUUCAAAUGAUGCAUGAUAAGAAGAAGAUUGGGAGUGUCGUAAAAGUCUGGACAGAGAUUCUUGGACAGUACAACCCGUCGCUAGAUGACUCCACCGUCGAGUUGGAAUACACGUGGCACUCUCUGACACCAUAUUGGGCCUUCUUUGGUGCCUUCUUUAUGGGUGUGGUUUCCUUCCUGCUGGCAAAUAAAAACUAUAUCCCUUGUUCUGAAAUGGCUGAAUUUUGUGCCUUCCUGUCAUUGGGUUGCCUUUUCGCCUUUCGCACAGGCGGAAACUACGCUACGUGUGUCUUGGCUAUGGUUUUCAAUGUGGCAUCAACUUUGCAAAUCAUCGUUCAAAAAUUUCCCACAAUUCCUGUGAUAACGCCAGCUUUAAAUCUUUUUGCCUCGCCCAUUGUGUCUUUUGAGAUGUUCCCCGGCUUCAUUUUGCAUCUUGGCAUCCCUUCAGUUGUCUAUGUAGCCAUCCCCGCCAUUUUGAUAAAAAUUGCCAAAGACAAGUCGUGGAGCGGAAUAUAUCGUCUGCUUCUUCCAAUUUUGGUGACCUUUCUGUGGUGGCAGCUCGCAGUUCUGCUGUAUAUGUAUUCAUCUUGGAAGGGGCUGUUCCGUGGUGCGCUAAUUAUGGCGCUGUUUCCACUCUUGCCAAUUUUUGGCGUUUUUGCUAUUUUUGGUGCAAUUUAUUUUGUUUUGAAAGCGUUCAGCUUUGGUGCUGUGAUGAAAGCGAUGGUAACUUUAUUUCUCAUUCUCGUUCCAACAAUUCUUAGUUUUCUACCAGAUUAUAACAAGCAAUUGCGGAAGAACCCAUUGUUUGCAACAAGAAAGGGCAAGUUUGUUUUGGCUGGGAUAAUGCUUCUUUUGUGUACUCCGCUCUUUAUCGAUGUAAGGAGCUUCCAGGAGGUUCCCCCACAGGAUGUCCUGCCGUGGGAGAAGUAUGUCAGUAUUUGUGGGCACACUGGCAAGGGGGGAAUCAACAGCGCAGAUAUCCAAAUGAAGUGCCAGAAUCUUGCAAACGUUAAAGUCGAGUGGUCAGGCACGGUUAAGAGUGUUCGUGUGAGCAAAAUUGACAACCAGGCGGAAGCUUUAUUGAAAGUCCUCCCCGAAGUCUUGGCAGACUGGCUGAAAUGCAUCUACGGAGCGAAAUACCCUACUUGUGGAGACACGCGGAACGGCACCACAUAUCUUGAUGAGCUUGAUCCCUGUGAGUACAAGCACCCUCGCCGAUCGGAAUGCCACCUGCAUGAUCUGAACACUUACCAAUUCGAAAUCGCAGUACAGGCGAGUCCAACUUCAUCAAAUCAGUCCCCAGAUGUCGCUCUCGUUGCGGGGAACAAAUUAAAAAAUUUCGUCCGCACCUUAUUACCCGGUAAUGAGGUGUCGUUUAAGGGUAUGUUAACUGAAAUGCUGGGUGUCCAGCCCCAAAGCAUGCCGAUCAGCGUCUCUGAGUUAAAGUGCACGGAUUGUCCCCAACGAUUGGAUGAAGCGUCCGUUAUUGGCGUUGAGAAGGAAGAGACGAUUGCAGCCAAAGUGUGGCAAUCUGGUUAUGAUACUGCAAAUUUCUUGCUUUCUCCUUUGUUUGAGUAUAAGUUUAAAUAAAAAAGCUAAUAUUAUUAAAACAAGCGAAACUGCAAUGGGUUAUGAUGAUCACAUGUGAUAAAAAAAUGAAACUAUAGUUACAUACGGGCGCUUCGGUUUACAGUUUAUAUGUUACUCUUUAAUUUGAAUGCUAAUAUAUAGUGAUAAACAAAGGUUAUAGGUUACAGAUUCGACCGGUUGCUUCUUUUCAGCCAAGGUUCGUACUUGUUGAUGGAGCGUUCAAUUUCCUUACUUCAUUUAAUGAACCUGGCCGUUUUUUCUUUCAUUUUGCUAUAUAUGAAUGUAUUAGUAUUUGAAGAACAUUUGUUGAAUAAAAAUAAAAUUUGACUAAAGUGA